UUCCCUCCCCUCCCCUCCCCUCCCCCCAUCCUUCUAGGGUGCUAGGAAAUGGGUGUGCCAGCUUCUGUAGAAGAUAUGGCGGAUUUGGCUUCACAGGCUGGGGGACCGUAAGCUAACUGGUAUUAAAUCGUCAUGCUAACUGCCAGGCUGCUUUCCAGACACCUGCGGCCCACAGAGCCCUUCAUCCUGGUCUUUUCAGCCCUGAAAAAAAGGAAUUCGGGUUCUUAGUCUGCGCCUGCAGUCUCUAUUUCUGCCCUUCAGCCUGCCCUCAGCAUGAAGCUCAGGCUGAACUAAAGGAAGGAGAAAGAGCUCAGAAUUCUUGCAGAUCCCUCUACCUUUAGGCUCUGCAGCUGCCAGCACUGCGGGAAUUGCUCCUGAUCCCAGGAACUUGGUCCAGCUCAGUUUGCUGCCUCAGAAGACCUUUCAAACCCAAGUUUGAGAGCCUCGUUUUGACUGGUGCAUACGUUCGUUCCACUUAAGCAAUCUGGAUCAGAGAAUUGUUGCACGUGUAUCAUGAGCCGUACUCGGGAUGCUGGCUGCGUAGCUGCUGGAAUAGUGAUCGGGGCUAGCGCCUGGUACUGUGUCUACAAAUACACUAGAGGAAAAGACCAGAAGAAGAAGAGACCAGCCAAAUCCAAGAACCGGGCUUCGGUGGGUACUGGAGCCAGGGCUAAAGGUGGACUAAAAGCAGGAUUCACAAUUGACCUUGGGCCAGGGUUCAAUCCCCCAGCCUCUGUCACUGUUGAGACAAUGAAUAAGGCCCAGGGGAAAACAUCCACUCUUGCCACAACUGCAGCUGAAAAAAUGGUGCCAGCUGCACCCAGCCCUAAGGUUCAGAAUGGGGCAGAAAGUAAGGCCCAGGAGGCCAAGGGGGCUGGGACUGAGCCUACUCCCAAACCAGUAGUCGCGACUUCAGCUGCCAGUGCAGUUACACCCCCACCCAAGGUGGCAGAGGUUCCCACAGCUGCGGAGGCCCCACAAAUAGUAGUGACUCCCAAAGUGGCAGAAGCUCCCGGUACCAUGGAGGCUACUGGGAUAACAGCACUCCCUGGGCCAGCAGUACUUCCUGGGGUAGCCCAGUGUCCUGGGCCAUUAGUACCUUCCCCAUCAAUAGCACCUUCUGUGCCAACAGCACUUCCCUGGGCUGUAGCACCUCCUGGGGUAGCCCAGUCUACUGGGCCAGCACCACCAACCAUGGCAGUGCAAUCUCUUGUGCAAGCAGCACCUUCCUGGACAGUCGUAGCUCCCCCCGGGGCAGUCUACAUUCCCGUGGCAGCCCACUUUACUGGGCCAGCAACUGCCAGGGUAACCCAGUCUCCUGGGACAGUGGUGCCUCCCCUUCCACCCCCGUCUCUUGGGGCAGCAAUGCUUUCUAGGGCAGUCCAGUCUCCUGUGACAACAGUGCCUCCCAGAGCAGUCCAGUCUUCUGGGGCAACAGUGCAUCCUGGGAUGAUAGCCCAGUCUCCUUGGGUAGUAGUGCCUCCCAGAGCAGUUCAGUAUUCUGGGGCAGCAGUGCCUGCCAUUACAGGAGUCCCUUCUGGGGCAGCAAUGCCUGCCAUGACAGGAGUCCCUUCUGGGGCAGCAAUGCCUAGGGCACCAACAUCUACCAAGAGGGCAACAACCACAGAUGUCAUGCAGGUCCCUAGGGUGGCAGCACCUACUGAAGCCACAGAGGCUCCUAGAAUGGCAACACCUGCCAUGGUGGCUGGGGCCUCUCUGCCAAUGCUUUCUGGGGCUGCCCAGACUCCUGGGCAUUCAGGGUCCUCUAAGACAGCAGCCACUAGCAAGAAAGCUGGAGCUCACACUGGAGCUAUACCUAAGUCUGGGUCAGCCGCUGGCGCUGUGCCCAAAGGUGGAAACAGGAACCGGAAUGGAGGCAAGGGCAAAAAUAGAAAAAACAAGGUUGAAGUGGAUGAAUUGGGGAUGGGCUUCCGCCCUGGUGAUGGGGCUGCUGCAGCUGCUGCAGCUUCUGCUAAUGGCGGACAGGCUUUCCUAGCAGAGAUUCCUGAAUCUGAGGAGAGGGAGUCUGGGUGGACUGAUACAGAGUCAGAUUCUGACUCUGAACCUGAGGUUCAGCAAAGAGGGAAGGGGAAGAGAACCAUUCCCAUGCAUAAGCGCCCCUUUCCAUAUGAAAUUGAUGAGAUUCUGGGUGUCCGAGAUCUCAGGAAAGUCCUAGCCUUGCUUCAAAAAUCAGAUUAUCCUUUCAUCCAGCAAGUAGCCCUGCUCACCCUGAGCAACAAUGCCAAUUAUUCAUGUAAUCAAGAAACAAUUCGAAAGUUGGGAGGCCUCCCAAUUAUUGCAAACAUGAUCAACAAAACUGACCCCCAUAUUAAGGAAAAAGCCUUAAUGGCCAUGAAUAACCUGAGUGAAAAUUACGAAAACCAGGGCCGACUGCAGGUGUACAUGAACAAAGUGAUGGAUGACAUCAUGGCCUCUAACCUGAACUCGGCAGUACAGGUCGUUGGGCUAAAAUUUUUAACAAACAUGACUAUCACUAAUGAUUACCAGCACCUGCUUGUCAAUUCCAUCGCAAACUUUUUCCGUCUGUUAUCCCAGGGGGGUGGAAAAAUCAAGAUCGAAAUUUUGAAAAUACUUUCAAAUUUUGCUGAAAAUCCGGAUAUGCUCAAGAAACUUCUCGGUACCCAGGUGCCGUCAUCCCUUAGUUCCCUUUAUAAUUCUUACGUGGAGUCGGAAAUUCUUAUUAAUGCUCUUACUCUGUUUGAGAUUAUCUUUGACAACCUCAGAGCGGAAGUGUUCAACUACAGAGAAUUCAACAAGGGUUCCCUGUUUUAUUUGUGUACUACAUCUGGGGUGUGUGUUAAGAAAAUCCGAGCCUUGGCAAAUCACCACGACCUCUUGGUGAAAGUGAAAGUCAUCAAACUGGUAAACAAAUUCUGAUUUGUGCCCUCAAGA